AGACACAAGAGAAGCGCCAGCGCUCAUCCUUUUGGUUCUCAUAUUUACUCUAUCUAUUUUUCUUCACGUAAUAGCAUCACAAUACACAACCUUCGAUUUUCAGAAAAACUUCACUUCCCGCCCAAUUCUCCAACACGGUACUCAAAUCCCCCGAGACCCAGCCCCGCCAUCCGCCGCAAAGGCCCGCAUCGCAAACAACAACCACACUCAACUCAACAACUCAAUCCUAACCUCCAACCCUCUCGCUCACGCAACAAAUUCUCUAUCACACUCCUCCUCCCCCUAAUCGCAUCGAUACCAAAAAAAAAAACCUCUCCAUCAAAAUGACGACCCCCACCGACCCCACACCGAGCACGACCGCUCCGAACGGAACCAACUACCUGGACCUAGGCAUCACACUCGCGCUGAACGACUGGCCAGCGCUGACACUGGCAGUGCAAUCGAACUGGGGCGGGCCGACGUCAGCAGACAAGCGCGACUGGCUGUGCGGGGCGAUCUCGGAGAUGCUGGCGGAGCGGCCGGAGACGGACGCGUACGACCUAGAGGAUGUGCUGGUGCAGGUGAUGACGGACGAGUUCGACGUGGACGUGGACGACGAGAGCGCGGCGACAGUCGCGGACCAGAUCAUGGAGAUGAAGGGGCAGACGGAGCGCGGCGAGUACGGGCCCAUCCAGGCGCUGUGGGAGGCGUAUCAGCGGAAGGGCGGGGCCCAGCAGGCUGUGGCCGGCAUUCAGCGGGGUGUGGCGGAGGGGGAUAGUGAUGAUGACGAGGAGGAUGAUGACGAUGAAGAUGGUAUGGAUGUCGAUAUGGAUGAUGCUGCCGUCCCGGCGUUGGUGCAUGCCGCACCGAGGGAGAAGCCGGAGCCUGAAGUGGAUGAGGAUGGGUUUACGACGGUCGUGUCUAAGAAGCGUCGGUGAUUUGAGCCCUUCAAGGUUAUGAUUCUCUGUUUCUUCUUCUUCUUCUUCUAUGAGCUGUAUGUAUUCCGAUUCCCCUUGAUAUAGAUAGAUAAAUACACUGCCAUGGUUACUUC